CAACAUCGACAACCGGCUACCAUCGCUACCCCACAACCACCCCACCACCAGCACCCACAACAGCGACGAGAACGAUGAUGGUGAGACGUCAGGCCAGCGUCCAUCUCACCCACUCUCCCAUGAGGGCGGACGACGACCGACCGACAAGGACGCACUGCACUUCACAAUGUUCACGGUUACCGGGAUGACCGUGCUUACGUCACCGGACAUAGCGGACACAGUGUUGUCGUAUGGGAAGAAGUCCGAUCUAUGAUCCAGUCAAAAUCGUUUUCGCGUCCUCCGGUCGGUCGCUCUCACUCUCACCACCGGCUGGCUGACUGGCUGGCGUAGCCGUCCGUCGUCGUUGGUUGUCGUUGUUCCACGAGUUGUCGCUAAGGCGCAUCCUAA